AAGAAAUGUGGGUAGUAGAAGGAACUGGAUACAGCAGGAACACGGAAAAGAACAAAUUGCAAGCAAUAUAAAUAAAUGUUUGAAUUAGAAGGCCCCAAGGGCAAAGAUAGAUUUGUUUAGGGAAGAGACAAGAAGGCAAGUUUGUACAUUCCAGUCCCAAGCUGCCUAAGCACAAGCUGGGCGUGACUUUGAUGCAGCAUGUCUCAACUGGAGAGAAAGAAGGCGACUCAGAGAAUGGGAGUGAUAGAGGAGAAGUGUACCGAGACAGGGAACGGCUCACAGGUACAGAGAAGAGAUUUAGCAGAGAACAGCUCACAGGUACAGAGAAGAGAUUUAGCAGAGAGAAACAGACACUCGCUAAGGGACAGUGGCAAAAAUGCCAUAAAGAAAAGACACUGGGUCAGCCAAAGGAAGUCCAAAUGUUCUGACCACUUAUGGCCAUUAAGGCUUCACACUCAGAUGCUGCCCAGCUGUUAGUCACCUUAUUUCUCCCAGUUGCUUACUUCAGUGACAGAAGCUACAGAGGCAGAACCCUUGGGAUACUAGUGGCUCCUAAAAGUCCUGAAACAUCCAGUUUUUACAUUUCAGUAGUGCCAUAUCAGCCAUGAACUACUGCGUAAACAGUUUUGGAAAUGACACACUCCUGAGCUCCCAGGCCUCUCGCAUGUCAGGGACCAUCUUUUUAGCUUUGGCAGCCUCCUUGGGUCUCCCCGGCAAUGCCUUUAUCAUCUGGAGCAUACUUUGGAAGAUGAAAGGUCGUGAAAAGUCUGUGACUUGCAUCCUUAUUCUUAACCUGGCAGUGGCUGAUGGAACGGUCCUUCUCCUCACUCCUUUCUUUAUAACCUUUUUAGUCCAAAAAACCUGGAUUUUUGGUCGUGCUGUUUGCAAAUUGGCUUAUUACUUAUGCUGUCUCAACAUGUAUGCCAGCAUAUUUAUUAUUGCAUUAAUGAGUUUAGACAGGUUCCUUGCUGUCUUCCGGCCUUAUAUGGCUCAGUCCCUUAGAAGAAAGGAUACGGUGACAAAAGUACUCAUAGCUAUCUGGCUGCUAGCUGGGGCAUUAGCCCUUCCAGCAUUUGCCUAUAGAGAAGUAAUUGAGAGCCAAAAAUUAAAUGCCAAGAUUUGUGAACCUUGCCAUGCAAGCCGCGGGGAAUCCAUAUUCCACUACACUUUUGAGACACUUGUAGCUUUUCUGCUUCCCUUCUCCAUGGUAUUGUUCAGCUACAUAUUGGUACUGGUCAAACUGAAAGCAAGUCGCUUUGGACAGCGCUCACAGAUUGAAAAACUGAUUGCUGCUAUUCUAGUGACAUUUGCUAUUCUUUGGCUUCCAUACCAUGUGGUUAAUGCCAUACAAGUGACUUCUAAUCUCACUUCUGGGAAGGUGUCUGAGAAUUUAAAAAAAGCUGCAAAAAUAAGCAGAGCAGGCGCGACGGCAUUGGCCUUCUUCAGUGCCUGUGUCAACCCAUUGCUCUAUGCCUUUGUAGCCUCAGACCUUUUCAGGAUAUUUGGGGUAGGCUUUGUGGCCAAACUACUGGAGGGGACAGUGGCAGAGAUACAGAAAAGAGUUAAGUCUCAGCGAGAUCUUGUAAAAGGAUUUGUCAGGGCUGGGAGUUGUGGAGAAUCAGUGGAUCUGGAAGUAAGGAAUGGUUUGAAAGACACACCCCUGAAUGGCAAUCAACUGCCAGAGUAAUGGAAAUCCAGUAAACUAUAUGCCAAUGACUUUGUUGUUUGUCAGCUAAGGUGCAAAAAUAUUAAAUGUGGGAUACUUUUCUUUAUAGUUGAUACAGUGAAUUGAAUUUGACCUAAACAUUUGUUUUUUUCAUUUCAUGACUGGAGUAAUCAGAACGAUCUAAAAUGCAGUCUCUGCUAGAAAAUAAUUUUACAGUUCUUGACAUUCCUGUGGUUAAACACUAUCAGAUUAUCUUUAUAAGUUUGUCAUUUGUGCAAUACAACCUACAGUAUUAAAACAAUAAUGCGGUCUUGCAGCAUUUUUAUGAUGGCAUACACUUAGAAAUGUCAGUGAUUAAUGUUGAACCACAGGUUAAGGGCACAACAGAGAAUUGGAUCCACUGUUCUCAGACUGUGUUUUUUUUCUGCUAAACGAGAGAAGCGGAUCUGCUCCCUUCCGCAUCUUUGUGUGUCUGCACUGAAAAGUACAACUUUGGUCGGAGUGCAGAAACACCAAGUGGACAUCGGCCACAAAAUGGCUUUACUCCUUGGCCAUGCACUCAGACAAAAGCUGCACUUUUCAGUACAGACACAUGGAGAUGUGGAAGAGAUCUGAUGCGCUUCUCUCAGCAUGCAGGAAAAAAAUGCAGACACAGGGAAGCCAACAUUCUUUGUACCCUUGGCCGAACCCCAAAGGCAAAGAAUCAAAAAGGUCUAAGGUUAAUGUAAUAACCUGGAUAAUAGGUAACCCAUAACAGUGUCCUGUAAAAUUAAUGAAUGCAUAAGUCAAAAUUAAAAUUACAUUUCAAAUAUGAUUCAAAUAAAAUUCAAAUCCAAAGUUGCCUCUAAAUUGUGAUCCUGUCUAAGCAUGCAAGCAAUUGGGCAAACAGCCAACCGACAGUGGUUACAUUAAUCCAAUAAACAAGUGUAUAAUUUAUAAGAAAACAGGGAUAGUUAAGUUUUACUGACAGUGUGUUUCUUCCCUUUGUUCUAGGAGCCAUACCACUUAUACAUUUUUGGCAUAGAUUUAUGUCUAGUCUGAUUGAAUCUGCUCAUAUGCAAUCAAGUAUCCAAUGUAAUAAAAAAUAAAUAUAAUAUUUUAUCAA